GCCCAGAAGAAUGAUGUUUGUGCGCCGAAUCGUUCUUGAGUCAUUUCCGGUCAAUUCGAAAUUUACCACAAACUUGGAACGACCACACAGUAAAGUAAAACUUGUUCCCAUUGUUCACUUUCAGCACCAAUGUGUCAUUUUCACAUUAAUAAAUGCAACGAAUGCAACGUCGAUGUUGUUGAAUGUGACACAGAAUGUCGUGCCUCAGAGGAACGGAAACAGCUUUGCUCUGUGAACGAGGCUACUUCCACAACUAAAAGGAAAACAAGGCGCUGCACGGAUUGUGUCGAGAUUACAUCGCCCGCAGCCUCGGAGUUAAACGACAGCGAAAGCGGAAGCGAUAACUACAGCACCAGCGAUAUAAUUAGUUGAGUGACAUUUGUGUCAUUGCAGAGGAAAUGGUCAUUACAAUGGAGAAGCUAGCAGAGAAAGCUAUCUUAGGCACAAACAGCAGGCUCCAGAACGCAGGAAAUAUUAUUAGACGUCACCUCAGAUUACCAACACCCAUAAGAUCCAUGCAAAGUGUAACAUUACAGUAUUAAUUACAAGA